AUGCCAACAAAUCCAACACAGGCUGUUAUAUCCGCAUUCAAAGAUCGGAAUAUAAUUUCCGGUCGCGAUGAAAUCGCAACAGCCUUCCAGGACGAUCCCGAGAGUGUGAAGCAUACAAAAUGGGUGCAAGAACAUCUGACCCCGGAUACACUUCUGUCACAGGAGGAGCUGACCUUGUACGCGAAACUGGAAGACUCGGGUUCCUUGACUGCCAUCAUCUCCCACAAUGACAUCGAUUCGACGCGACCCCUCCUAGACGAAGACCUUCAAGAAGCUAUCGAGGCGCUGAAAACUGCCACCGCCGAGAUAGAGAGACAGACGGAUGUCCUGAAGACUCAGCACGACAUUCUGAGUCGACAAUUGAAGCGCGAGGACGAAUGCCAAGCUCGACAACGCAGAGAGGUUGAAAGGUUACGGCAGAAACAUGACGCAGGGCGACAGAAUACGGUUGCUGCGUCAAACGACUUGGCCCGUGAGUUGGAGGUUGGCUUGAAGAAUGAAUCGGAGAAAUCAACAAUGGACGGAAAGAAGAUACUUUCCGUGCUGACGACGCGGCUAAAAGAGGACGACAAGCUACUUUCAGACCUAGAGAGGCUUGCAGCGGGGAUAAAGGCUUCGGAAGAUGAUGCCACUAUCAUGAAACGAACGUCGGAGCUGAGCGCAAUACUCGCCCAAUAUGUAGCUGAAGAGAUUUAUUGCCGACUGGAUCGAUUGUACUUGGAAACGGUAUCUGGGGGUAAAGUGGCCGUGGGUGCUUCUGCGUACACAGAAACAGAAGCCAUAGCCGGGCUAGAGGAGGAGCUGGACUCGCUGUAUCCCGAGAUUGAUAUCCUGACUGAAAUGUCCACAAAACAACAAUUUGUCGAGCCUAUUCUGCGGGAGCUCCAGAACCACCACGGCCAACUGCGGAUUGCCUCCCAUGAGAAGCUUGAUAAUAUACUUGGAUUGAUCGCGCAUAUGACGACAUCUGCAGACGGCCUGAUCACAAGCUUGCAAGAUCGCGAGUCCUUCUGUGCCGCUUUUGAGGCAUUUUCAUCUACGUAUCGAUCCGAAGUAGGGGAUCAGAUACUAGAGACGACUACUUCAAGGCGGGACACCAUGAGGAGAUUUUCUACACUACCAACACUCACGAAUACUCAGCCUGGCAAGCAAUCCGGUCCAUUUCCCGAGUCUGAGGUUCUAAGUGGGCUCCUGCGCCGCAUAGGUCUGUCGUCUGAGGCUGUUUUUCAUGCCGAAGAAGUCGAGGGAGGGGCACGGACAAUACUGCAAGAAAGACAGCAUAUGCUUGAUGGGCUGCGUCAUUAUGGCAUUGCCAGUGAUUCGCCACUCGCGGCUGAGCUACUUCCUACGGACCGGGCAAUUCAACUUCUUUCUUCUUCGUUGAAGGCGGACUCGCUAUUCACUGCCUCGCUGUCAGAUCUGGAGCACGAAAAGAGCCUGACAGGGCUCGAGUCCGAACUAAGCCGUAUCCAGAAAGGGAUGGAGAGACUAAACCAAGAUGUUGUCUAUCAACGGGAUAAAUCUCGAGAAAAGUUUUUGGAGAGGUGGGGGUAG